AUUACAGAUAAAGAUGGUACUGGCAGAAUCCUAAAUUGGAGAGAGCGGCUUCGGAUUGCAAUUGAUGCAGCACUAGGGCUGGUGUAUCUGCAUAAAGGAUGUAGCCCACCUAUUAUCCAUAGAGAUGUGAAGAGCGGCAACAUCCUUUUAUCACAAAACUUGGUGGCCAAGAUAGCAGAUUUUGGAUUAUCAAAGGCUUUCCUUACUGAUGAUCACACUCAUGUAUCUACCGAGAUUAUCGGGGGCACUCUAGGAUACAUAGAUCCUGAGUACCAUGAUACCUUCCAGCUGAAUGAAAAAAGCGAUGUAUAUAGCUUCGGGGUUGUUCUCUUGGAGCUGAUAACAGGCCUACCGGCUGUGCUUAGAAACCCUGACAGGGGUCACAUAGUCCAAUGGGUGCGACAGCGGAUCGCCAGAGGGGAAAUCACUGAUGUUGUUGAUGCAAGACUGAGAGGAGAGUACGACACCAACUCUGUUUGGAAGGUGACAGAUACAGCAAUGAAGUGCACUAUGCCAAUAGCUAGUCAAAGGCCAACGAUGACCCAAGUGGUGAUACAAUUGAAGGAGAGCUUGCAGCUUGUGGUCGGCCAUGAAAGAGCUCAGAAUAUCUAUGUAGAAGCCUUGGAGCUGGAUCAAACUGAUUUAGCAGAAAUGGCACGCAUUGACAUGAAAACUAUUGUGAGUGGUCCAACAGUAAGAUAAUUAGGUGCAUCUCUAUGAAGUUUGAACUCUAUACCUGCUUGUGCAGUCUGUGCUUAUGGUUUGGUGUGAUAUUUUUCUUUUUUUUUUUUGGUCAAUAUGGUUUGGUGUGAUUUGAAAGUAUAUAGUUGUGUAGAAAUAGUCGGACUAUGGUGUGGUUUGGCCUUCAUUGACUGUUGG